CAAAACAGUGGUCCAAAGAAGGAAGCUGUAGUAAAAGGAUACUGCAGAAAGAAAACCCACAUGUGAAGAUGAGCGUCCCAGAUUACAUGCAAUGUGCUGAGGACCACCAGACAGUACUGGUGGUUGUCCAGCCUGUCGGCAUUGUGCCCGAGGACCAGUUCUUCAAGAUUUACAAACGCAUUUCCAGCGUGAGCCAGGUGAGCAUCAGAGACUCGCAGCGCCUCUUGUACAUCCGCUACCGCCACCACUACCUGCCUGAAAACAACGAGUGGGGGGACUUCCAGACGCACCGCAAGGUGGUGGGCCUCAUCUCCAUCACCACUUGCGGCUCGGCCAAGGAAUGGCCCCAAACCUCAGAGCGCUUUCAUGGCCAGAAGGAGGUGUACAGCUCCACGCUGUACGAUUCCCGGUUGCUGGUGUUUGGGCUGAAUGGAGAGAUUUCAGAGCAGCAGCGCACUGAUGUGGCAUUCUAUCCCAACUUUGAAGACUGCACUGAUGUUGAGAAGAGAGUGGAGGACUUUGUGGAGUCCAUAUUUAUUGUCCUGGAGUCCAAGCGGCUAGACAGAGCAACAGACAAGUCAGGUGACAAGAUCCCUCUGCUCUGCGUGCCCUUUGAGAAGAAAGAUUUUGUGGGUUUGGACACAGAUAGUAGACAUUAUAAAAAACGUUGCCAGGGGCGGAUGAGGAAGCAUGUCGGGGACUUGUGUCUCCAGGCGAACAUGCUGCAGGAUGCCCUGGUCCACUACCACAUGGCUGUGGAGCUGCUCAGAGGAGUCAAUGACUUCCUCUGGCUGGGUGCUGCAUUGGAGGGUUUGUGUUCAGCUUCUGUCAUAUUCCACUACCCUGGAGGCACAGCGGGGAAGACCCUGGGGCGAAAGCCGAGCGUCUCCCAGCCAGCGGACGCAGGGAAACGCCACAGACCAGGGGCUCAGGAGGUUCUCAUUGAUCCAGGUGCCCUCACUGCCAACGGCAUCAGUGCAGACACCAGCACUGAGAUCGGACGAGCAAAGAACUGCCUGAGUCCUGAGGACAUUAUCGAGAAGUACAAAGAGGCCAUCUCCUACUACGGAAAGUAUAAGAACGCCGGUGUGAUCGAGCUGGAGGCCUGUGUGAAAGCGGUGAGGGUGCUGGCCAUUCAGAAAAGGGCAAGGGAGGCCUCCGAGUUCCUGCAGAAUGCUGUUUACAUCAACCUGGGGCAGCUAUCAGAGGAGGAGAAGAUCCAACGCUACAGCAUCCUGUCUGAGCUCUAUGAACUGAUUGGCUUCCAUCGCAAGUCUGCAUUUUUCAAGCGCGUCGCAGCCAUGCAGUGUGUGGCUCCAACCAUCCCGGAGCCUGGCUGGAGGGCAUGCUACAAGCUGCUGCUGGAGACAUUACCUGGAUACAGCCUGUCACUGGAUCCCAAGGACUUCAGCAAAGGUACCCACAGAGGCUGGGCUGCGGUUCAGAUGCGCCUCCUGCAUGAACUGGUGUACGCCUCCCGUCGCAUGGGCAACCCUGGCCUGUCUGUCCGUCACCUGUCCUUCCUGCUGCAGACCAUGCUGGACUUCCUGUCUGAUCAAGAAAAGAAAGAAGUCACCCAGAGUCUGGAGAACUACACCUCCAAGUGUCCAGGUGGAAUGGAGGUUAUCACCCUUCCUGAUGGACUCAAGCUCCCUCCUGUGCCUUUUACAAAGCUUCCCAUCGUCCGAUCGGUGAAGCUCCUCAAUCUGCCUGUCAGUCUGCGUCCUCACAAAGUGAAAGGCCUGCUGGGACAGAAUAUGUCCACCGCCAGCCCCUUCAUCUACUCUCCGAUCAUUAUGCACAACAGAGGAGAGGAGCGCUGUAAGAAGAUUGACUUCCAGUGGGUUCAAGGAGAUGUUUGUGAAGUGCAGCUCAUGGUCUACAACCCCAUGCCUUAUGAACUUCGUGUUGAGAACAUGGGUUUACUGACCUCUGGAGUGGAGUUUGAAUCGCUGCCUGCUGCUCUCUCCCUGCCUGCAGAGUCCGGCCUGUACCCUGUCACUCUGGUUGGUGUCCCGCGUACAGCUGGCAACAUCACUGUCAACGGUUACCACACUGCAGUGUUUGGCGUGACCAGCGACUGCCUGCUGGAGGGCCUGUCUGGUGUGAAGACAAGCGGCUGUUUGGUGGAGGUCAUUCCUUCCCUGCCUCGUCUCCAGCUCAGCACAUCACUGCCACGGUCGGCCCACACAGCCCAGCCGAUGGUCAAAGAGGAGCUGUCCAGCACUGUGUCCGUCCAGCUGUUCAACGGAGAGACCCAGCAGCUGACCAUCACCCUGGAGAACAUUGGAUCCGAGGACAUCGAGACUCUAGAGCUCACCUCUAAGAUUGUCACCACCAAAGAGAAAGUGUUUGGAGAGUUUCUGAGCUGGGACCUCGACGAGGCUUUGUCUCACCUGCCUCUGAAGCCUGGUCAUGCUGUGACGCUGACCAUCAACAUCAAAGUCAAGCUGGACUUCUCUGGUCAGGAGAGCCUGCUGCAGGAUCUCAAUGAUGAUGGGAUCAGUGUGACAGGCCUGCCAAUCUCCAGUCCACUGCGCCAAGUCCUGAAACCCAGGGCUGAGAACAAGUCUGUCAACAGUGAGUCGGGCAAAGCAGAGUACAGCCACAUUAAGACUUUGGAAGCAGUCCUGAACUUCAAGUACUCGGGUGGAGCAGGAAAAGUGGAGGGCUACUACAGGGAGCUGUCUUUGGGAGUCCAUGUGGACAUAGAGCCGUCUGUUUUCUUCACCAGAGUCAGCACCCUCCCUGCGACCAGCACCCGCCAGUGUCAUCUGCUGCUCGACAUUUUCAACCCAACAGAGCACGAACUCACCGUCAGUGCCAAGAACAACCAGGACCUGGUCCUCCAUGCCAGCGAGUGCCAGAGGAUGGCCAUCCAGGUGGACAAGUUUGACUUCGAGAGUUUGCCACAGCCGGACCAGGAGACUGCACGCUUCACAAACCCCAAACAGCUGGAGGAGGAGCGCCAACAUGCCCAGGGCUGCCAGAUCAAUAGCAAGCUGGGCAUCUGUUGGAGCAUCCCUUCUCUUCAACGCCGUGGAGAGGCCAGUGUGGAGGGAGUCCUCAACCAGCUGGUCCUGGAGCACCUGCAGCUCGCUCCUUUGCAGUGGGGUGAGUCCCUAGUGUGU